UCUAAUUAAAAUGCCUCCAGGGAAGCAUAAAUCAAAACUAAAAACAGCCAAUGCUCCUAACGUUAUCAAGCCUCGUCCCAUACCCAUCUUCCUAUCGAGGUACCUCUAUCCCUUACCCUACUCUCUAGAUAAGGAUCUCGUGUUGAAGGCCAAGCCAACAUUCCCAAUCAGAAAAACAAUCCGUAACUAUCAAGGUACCUUUUAUUCCUGUUCACUUAAGGCAACAAUCAUAAUCACAAAUGUAGGAACAUUCCGACCACAUAGAUAUUCAAUUCAACACCAGGAAAUUCAAUGUUACACUCAUGGUCUAAUAGGAAAACAAAAAUUAUACCCUAGGUGAUAUCAAUUGCAAACUCACAAACGAUAAUCGAGUAUGGAUUUACGAUCUCAUCAAAACACUUAAGGAUAUGCAAAUUGAUGCAGUAGAUCAUCUCAAAAAUAGCACCAUUUAAAUCUUAAAUGAGGAAGAGACACAAAACCUAGGUAUAUUCUAUAAAUUAUAAGUUAAUCACACCCUCUAUACCCCAAACUUGCCUGUAUACGAAAACCUUGGUGUCGACCCUCUGAAUCAGGAUACUUUUUUCAAAGUCAACGAAGAUCAAAUCAAAUUGCAAUUAAAAAUCAGACCUUCCAAAAUCAGCUUAUUAGAUACAAUUCUAGAGUAAUAGCCAAAUGAAGAAACCAAUUCAAAGAAAAAUUAAAAAACUAAGCAGAGGACUCUCUCGCAAGUCGUUGAAAGAGUAAACAAUCUUUCUUAAAUCUAGGUGGCACUCUGGAGAAGACUUUAUACCGGCUUUUAUGAUUAGAACAAAACAUUUGUUUAGAUGUCUUUAGACAAGGCUGCUGAAAAAGUUGGAAUUUCCAAGAAGACAUUAGAUGACUAUCUAUUGUAGAUUCGAUAUGGAAAGCGUUAUGGUUUCGACUUCAAAAAAAACAGCAAUGAAGGCAUAAGCAAAUUGAGACAAUUUGUCAAAUCGAAAAAAGAAAAUAAGAAAAAUGAUACAUGAAAAACAUAUUAAGCAAAUAAAUCC